AUGGGCAUCCAUGGCUUGGCAAAGCUCAUCGCGGAGAGCGCUCCUUCCGCCACUUCUGAGACGAAAUUCGAAAACUACUUCGGUCGCAAGGUCGUUAUCGAUGCGUCGAUGCAUAUAUACCAGUUCAUGAUCGUCGUCGGGCGUGUGGGGGACCAGGUGCUAACAGAUGAAGCGGGAAACGUCACGGCGCACUUGCAAGGCCUUUAUUUCAGGACCAUCCGGAUGCUGGAAGCGGGCAUCAAGCCCGUCUACGUGUUUGACGGCAAGCCACCUCAGUUCAAAUCGGGCGAACUUGCGAAGCGCAAGGCAAAGAGAGACGAGGCGCAAGAAGCUCUGAAGCAGGCUGUGGAGACAGGCGAUCAGGAAGCGAUCGAGAAGUUCAGCAAACGCACCGUCCGGGUCACGCAAGAGCACAACGAGGAGUGCAAGCGUCUGUUGCGGCUCAUGGGCGUGCCGUGCAUCGAGGCUCCGUGCGAGGCGGAGGCGCAGUGUGCCGAGCUCUGCAAGGCAGGCCUGGUGCAUUCGGCAGCGACCGAGGACAUGGACAUUCUCACGUUCGCCUGCCCCAAGCAGUCGCGCUACAUGAUGGCGCCGGCAUCGAAGCAGCAAGCCGUUGUGGAGUACUCGCACGACAAGGUGCUUGAGGAGUUCGGGAUCACGCACGAGUCAUUCGUUGAUUUGUGCAUUCUGUGUGGCUGCGACUACAUGGGGACCAUCAAAGGCAUCGGGCCGAAAAGGGCCCUCGAGCUCGUUCAGAAGUACAAGAGCCUCGAAGAAAUCCUCGAAGUGAUCGACCGGGACAAGUUUCCCGUUCCAGAAGACUAUCCGUUCAAGGAGGUUCGAGAGCUGUUCUUGAAGCCUGACGUCACACCGGCGACUGAACUUGCCGAUCAGCUGAAGUGGGGACAGCCUGACGAGGAAGGUAUCGUCAGUUUUUUGUGUGGGGAGAAAAACUUCAGCGAGGACCGCGUGCGCAACGGGGUGAAGAAGAUCAGAGAAUCCAAGGGCAAGGGUUCGCAAGGGCGCCUCGACAGCUUCUUCGGAGCGGUCACAGUCAAGAAAUCAGACACGGGGAAGAGGAAAGCAGAGCAGCUGCAAGCAUCGAAGGGAAAGAAGGGGCGGGGCGGCCUCGCGAGUAAGACGACGAAGAGUGCGAAGGGGCGGCUCGGCGGGGUUGGGGGUGGGUCAAAGAGAUGA